AUGCGUUUUGGAUGGAGAUUUUCUGCUCUUCAUAUUGCAGUAAAAUAUGACAGUGUUGAAUCAGCUGAAGUUCUAUUAUGGCAUGGUGUUGAAGUUAAUGCGAAAGAUAUUAAUAGAAUACCUCCUCUUCACCUUGCAAAAAGUUCAAAGAUGGUAAAACUUCUUCGUUCAUAUGGUGUAAAUGUAAAUGCGAAAGACAAAUACGGAAGAAAUGCUCUUCAUUUUGCAGUCUAUAAUUGUGUUGCCCAAGAAAUAGCUGAAAUACUUAUUUCAUCUGGAAUUAAUGUCAACUCAAAAACUAAGGAAGGGAAAACACCUCUUCAUUAUGCUGUGGUUCGCCAUCCAGAUAUUUCAAGACUUCUUAUAUCGCUUGGCGCAGAUGUUAAUGCAAAAGAUAGGCAUGGGCUAACUCCUCUCCAGGAUGCAAUAAAGAAUAAUAAAAUUGCCGUAGCGCAGCUUCUUGCUUCUUAUCCUAUGGAGCAAGUGGGUUGUAUUUCUGCUUGUAGCAUCAAUUGA